AUGUCUCAGCCAACAACCGCAGACUGGUUUCAACGCCCUCAGGGCAACGACUACCCCAAAGGGCUUUACAAAAGCUCCUGCACAUGGCGUCAAUGCGUCCUUGUCCAGGUCAUCUUAGACUCUCAGCAGCCAUACAUCGCCCUCUGCCUGGAAAAUAAGGACCAGGGACAGGUCAUUUUCCCAUUUCAGGGAAUUCACUUUCAUUGUGGGAUCGAAGGUGAAGCGGCACAGACCGACGACUGGAUCAACACAUUGAGGACAACCUGUCCGCUUCUCGCUGCGCAGGACAAGUUAUACUAUUACGCAGUGAGGUCCAAGAGCUCGCCUGUGUUUACCAAGGUCCAAAGACCGUUGAUGGAUGAAGAGCUCAAGGGAAAACUGAGAAAGCUCCGGAACAUCGAGUGCAGCUACACUGAAGUUUCGCCUGCGCUCGAUUUUUCAGUGAAACUCCACAAUCUCGUGCACCAAGACUGCGAUGGAGAAGGAUUCUGGUAUUAUCGCCAGAACCCAGAGUCAGACGUUACCAAGCGGCACCCGGAGAUGCCAUGGCUCUGGACAAAUACUGAAGACAGGCGGGAAUACAUCAAGUGGCAACCCCACAAUCCCCUGUUCUUCGACGACAACGACCGCAUUUGCCGUCUUCUGAAGGCCUCUAAGAAUGAACGCUACCAGCAAGUGCGGGAAGUUGCUGAGGUCUUCAAUCCUACCCGGCAGCAUGAGGCAUGGUGCACUGAGAGUGAUUUCGGCCUACCCGGUAGCACGCACCUGGUACAUAUCAAGAUCUUGGCAGUGCGACCAAGUGACAAAGUGGUCGUCCCCAAAUUGCAGGAGGGCACCAAGGUGAAAUUCGAGUGGGCUCUCAGUGGUGUCCCCUACGCCAUGGAUACGAAGCUUGCUGAUCAGGGAGCUGUCACCCAGUGUGACUCUAGUGCUGACCUUGUUCUCCGCGUGACAGGCCAGGUCACACUAGCACCGGGCGAACGCUCUCCCAUCGUCACAUCAGCAGAGGCAAACACGAUGCCCAUUGACGCCCAGAUUGAGGCUCUUGGCGAGGCAAGUAAAUCAGCUCUUGUCUUUGGGGAUCGUUCAGGAAACCAGGGUCGAGAUGUUCAGCGGGAGAGGAUAGGUCACCUUUCACAGACCUUCCGACUUGAUGAGGCCCAAAGAGAGGCCUUUCAGGCUUCGCUGGUGAGAGUCGUCUGCGGCGUCAGCCUGAUCCAAGGUCCUCCGGGAACUGGAAAAACCAGUACGGCCAAAGCGAUUGUCUGCACAGCGGCAGCGCUUGGCUGCAAGAUCCUCCUGGUUGCUGGGUCCAACAAGGGUGUGGACAACCUUGCUGAGGCGGUGGUGAAAGCCCUCCAACGGGACGAGCGACUACGAGGCUGGUGUGGCCAGCUCGUCCGGUUCCGCACACCGCGAUACCAGCUCGAAAGAGCGAGGGGUGGUGAACCUUCAGAUGAGGGCGACAAUCUGAGUAGCGUUCAAGCUCACGUCCUCGCCAUCCAGUACGCCCAGGAACACGCCACCACCGACAAGUACGCCCGGUCUCUACUAGAACGCCUUGCAGACGACAAGCAGCGACGACUGAGCAAGGAAGAGCGGAAGGGCCUCAAGGGGGAUUACGAACACUGCGUCAUGAAGGUCCUGCAGAACGCCAAGAUCGUUGCCACAACCUUGAGCAACGCGUCCCAGGAUCUUCUGAGACGUUCGGGUUUUGAGCCUGUCUUCGUGAUUUGCGACGAGGCAGGGCAAUGCCAGGAAGGCGAAAUCACCAUCGCCCUGACCAUGCCAUCGACUCAGGUGAUCGUCUUGAUUGGAGACCCGGAGCAACUGCCGCCAACUGUUGUCUCAGAACACGGGAUCAAUGAGGGCGCGUUGUAUCUGAAGAGGUCCCUGAUGGAGAGGCUGCACGAAGCAGGCUACCCCUGCACGAUGCUGUUGACCAACUACCGCAGUCACGGCCACAUCUUUGACCUCUUCAACCGGUGGAUCUACAACGGUGCGCUGAGAUUGGGUCCCAACAACAACAGCGAACAGCGCGUCGGAAACGUCUGGGACACCUUCACCCGCUCUCGUCACUACUUCCGCGGUUACGGUGUGGUGGGAGUUCGCCGCCUUUUCAUCAAUGUGAUUGGGGAGGCUAUUCGCGCUGAGGGUAGCCAGUCGUGGUCCAACCAGUCGCAGGCUAUGGUGGCUGUGCACCUUCUGAAGAACGUUUUCGCCUAUCGGACGAGUGACGGUCAACAAAUUCGUCCAGAAGAUAUCAUGGUGAUCUCUCCGUAUGCGGCACAGCGAGCUUUGGUCGGAAGGCUCAUGGCCCAGCACGGGGUAAGCUGCCGGGAUAAUCUUACUGUGGAUGCAUCCCAGGGUCAAGAAGCUCCCAUGGUCAUCUUCAUGUUGACGAAGCCGUCGAGGAACCCCGUCAAUGUCGGUUUCAUCGCCGAUCAGCAAAGACUCAAUGUCGCACUGAGCCGUGCACGCGAGGUUCUAGUCAUUGUCGGGAAUCGCUUUGUCUGGGAUAGAGACGCCCUUGACAAGAUCAAGAAGUCUCAUGGCAGGACGGUCAGGUUCCUCCUCCAUCUUCUCCAUGACACGAGCAUGCGUGGUCAUACCAUGGUGUGGCACGGUGAAGCCACAGUCGAAGAUGAGAACCCUGUUGGGCCAGUGGAAUACAAGUGCCCUGACCGGUCAAUUUACCGGACGGCCGCAGUCUCCUCCGCCCCCGUUUCCUCCGCACUCGUCCCCGCUCACGUCCCCCAACGGCCCGCCCAACUGUCUGGUGGAUCCUUCUCUACAGCGCCCUGGAGGCCGUCUGCUAGACCUGUUCCUGAGAUCGAAGGCCCAGGAACACCAUCUCGGCCGACGCCACAGGUGAACAUGCCCGUUGGUCCGUCCCGGCAGGCACCUUGUCUGCCAACGUCCACAAGCCAAUCAAGGGACAUCGAGGAAGAUGUCAGUAUGGUGGACGUUGGGAACUCCGAAGGUCGACAACUCGCACAGCAAUCCGGCUGUCCGCCCUCUCCUGUCCUCCCUCCUUGGCAUGCUCGCCAACGAUCCCGCUCUCCCCCUCAUCGCGAAGCGACGUAUCGCGAGCGGUCUCGCUCCCCUUCGAGCGCCAUCGACAACUGGCUGCUCACACGGGGUGGUCUGCCUCAGGUUGAUCUAAUUCCUCGUGGCAACCUCGUCUCAUUACCAGUCGAGGAACUGGAGAGCCAGUAUAGACUUACCCGCGCCGCUGAAGAAUUGGCUGCUGCAAGCGCUCGGCGUACGUGGGUUGAGGAGGAGCUCCGGCGUGUGCGUCGCGACAGGGAUGGUCGCAACAGAGACGACCAAAGAGAUGGUCAGUAG